CACACACACAUUAUUAUACACACUGAGGAAAGUCUAAACAUUCACAAUUAAAGCAUCUAGAGAGAGAGAGACAGAGGGUGUGUGUACAGAUCUUGAAUGGCUGGCUUGCAGAGAUCUGCUAUAUCUUUCAGACGACAAGGAUCCUCGGGAUUAGUAUGGGAAGACAAAUUCUUGAAUGAAUUGACUCAAAUGGCUAAUCAAAAAGAAGAAACUGAAAAUAAAGCUCAACAAGAACAUCAAGAAGACAAAGUAGAACCAGCACCAGCAACACCCAAGAAUUCAUCCAGAACUGCCGGGUUGACGAUCGAAAGGAGCCGAUCCAACGGCGGAGGAAGGGGAUUUCGGACCGGAAGGGUGUCUCCGGCGAUAGAGCCGCCGUCUCCCAAGGUUUCAGCUUGUGGGUUUUGCAGUGCUUUCGCGAAAAAUGACAAGGACCGCCGCCGGCCACCCAAGUCCGGCAAGCGUAAGAUGUAAAAUUACGCGAAAGAUGGUGAUUCCUGGUGAACUUAAAAAUAUCAAAUUGUCAUAUUUUGAUGCCUUCUUUUCCCUUGUUAUUUAUCUUUACUAUGUGUUAUCUUCGAUAUCGAUAUAUAGGGUUCAGGAAUACAUCUUUGGAUUUGAUCAGUUUGGCUUAAUAUAUAUGUGCAUAAAGUUGUUAUCUUGGGAUUCAAGGUUUUUGCUAUUGCCAAUGUACAAAAUCAAUAUUUUUCCUGUU